AUGAAUAUGCGCUUCUUGCUUUUAUUACAAUUAUUUAGCCAUACCGUGGCAUUUGUUGUGCUACCGUAUAUCCAAAUCGAUUUUGCACAUUUAUUUAGAGUUGCACAAUGUAAAGCGAAAUGUUCAGAAAAAGUGAGUUUUUUUGAAAUGAGUUUUUCUCGAGAUUUCAAAAAAACAGCUGGUUGCACCUAAUCCAAUUAAAAAUCAAUCACCCAUCUUUUUUUCUAGUACGGCUCCCCAAAACAUCGAACAAUGUUAGAUGGAACAACGGAUGAAUAUUUUGCAAUUGAUUCAGAAGAAUAUGAGAAAUGUGAAAUGGGAUGUUUACAAUUUCAACAUCGACGUGAUAUGAAACGAGUCAAUUUGACUGGUGCCACUCUUCAAGGCGCCAAAUUUUGGGUUGAGUCGAGUGCGCAUGCUGGAAAAGUAGGAAGUUCGCCAAUUUCCUCGAUUGAGCUUUUGUGCCAGAUGCCAUCAGCAACGCCAGAUUUAGAUGAUUCUUAUGAGGUAAACAAUUUUUUGUUUUGUUUGUUUUGAGCUUGCAGGAAAACCUUUGCGGAUAUAUUUUGGGCGUUUAUAGUGUAGUAACAUGACAUGAAAAGUUGGAAAUUAUUUUUUGGAUUAUAAAGUUCCUUUUUUCAAACAAAACAUUAUGACAAGUUUUAAUUUUUUUUUUGAAAAUUAAAAGCAGUCACUUCAAUCACUUGAAGAUAAUAAAAAUCAAAUUUGUUUUCAUUUCAUUUUGAAAAAUUUCUCCUCUCAUUUCAAAAAUACCAAAAUCUUUUUUCCAGGGCCUCAUUGGAUUAUCAAAAACGCGUCCAUCUGGUCCAAUUCAAUAUGUGAUCCAAUGGAAACAACGCACUUAUUCAAUGGGCAAAUACGACGAAUCAAAUUGGAUCACCGCUUCAGUCGAAUCAGACACAAUGAUCAAAGUGGACGGUUUAAUCCCCGGUGUACAAUACAAAUUUAUGUCAACUGUAGUUGGACCAGCUGGCAAACUCGGAGAUACAAUUCAAAGUGAAUGGGCCGAAAUUGGAUCAACACUUGAUGUCAAGAUUCCCGGCGCCCCGUUGGUUGUCAAAAAUGGUUUUACAUCAGAUCAUGGGGUUAUGGCUCAUUUACACUUUCCAAGGUAUAUUAAUUUUUUAAUUAUAGGGGAGACUUGAUGUCGGUUUCUUUUCUUUUUUAUAAGAAAGGGGGGUAUACGGUUGACAGCAGCUAGAUCAAUCAUAGCUGAAUAAUUAAUUACAGAACCGCUUAUGACAGUUGCAAUUUCCGGGUACAACUCAAAAAUGGAACAACAGCAAUUACACGGGAUAUUCGAGUUGAUCUAACUCAUUCAAUUAUUUUAACCAAUCUUGAAUUUGAUUCUUCGUAUAUUGUCAAUUUGGCUGCUUUAAGUGCAGAUAAGAAAAUUGCGACUUCUCCAAUUUCUGUUCGUUUCAACUCGUUUCAAUGUAAAGCAGUUUACGGAAAAGGAAGCCUGAAUUGCGGUAAGUUUUGACAUACAAACUAAAAUUUAGCACAAACAACCUUAUUUAUUGCAGCUCCUGAACCUGUUUCGAAUAUUCGCGUUGCAAUUCAACCAAAUUCAACUGCUCUUAUUAGUUGGACUCCAUCCGCUGACCCUGAGAAUAUUUUGACCUACGCUGUUACUUAUCAAGCAUAUAUUGGAACAUGUAACAAAAAUCCAACUACAGUAUACUUAGAUGCGGUAAGUUAACUGCGAUCUUUUUGAAAAAUAAACUUUAAAUAUUUUCGAAAUUUUUAGACAAGCGAUAUCUAUGAAAUGCUUCUUCCUGUUGAUCAACAAUGCGAGUUUAUGUUCCGCAUCACAAAUUAUGACGCAAUCGGUAAGUUGAAUCGUAAAACUGAAAGAGUUUGAUUGCGCAAGUGGUUUAUCAGAUUUUCAUGCUGACGUAUUUUACAACGUGAAUUAAUUCAUAGCUUCAAUUUUCAGGUCGUGAAGCGUUUGCCGAAACUCGCAUCGCCGUUGUACAAGACAAAAUCUUCUCAUCAUCAACAUCUUUGAAGACUCCGGUUAUUGCACUUAUUAUCUCGUUUAGUAUACUUAUAUUCGCUAUUUUAUGUGUUGCCAUAUGCCGAUGUUGCACAAAAUGUCCUGUCAAAAUUUCGGAAAACAAAGCCAAAUUGACAGAAUAUGCCUAA